GCGACAUACUCUCGCGGCAAUCAUGUGCUAACCCUGCAAGGGAGUUGUAUGCUUGUCUGCCGCCAAGUAGGAUAAAAAGUACUCCUUUUGUUUCAACCUCCACGUAGAAAAAAUGUAGAUCUUGUCUAGAAGUUUUUAUUCGUCAAUGAGUUACAGAAAAAAAUCUGUCAAAUAUGAAGUCUGUCAUAUGACUAAACUUGAUGAAAAUCUACAAAAUUCUUUGUUUUGUAUAAAUAUUCUUUAACAUGUUUUAGUGAAAAAAUUAUAAAAAAAUACCAAAAUGGCAGACAACGUAGAAUUCGAUGAGUGGUGCGACCCUACGAAUCCUCGCAAGAUCAAGGUCGAAGACAUCAUAGCAGCCCAAAAACGCAUUGUCGGGGCUGUCGUGAAAACUCCUUGCACGAAGGCACACAUGGGCGAAAGACUAGGCAUUGAAAUGUAUUUAAAACUGGAAUUUCUACAAUAUACUGGAAGUUUCAAAGAGCGCGGUGCACGCAACUCGCUAAUGAACCUAACAGACGAACAGAAGAAAAACGGUGUGAUCGCAGCGAGCACCGGCAACCACGGGCUGGCGAUGAGCUGGCACUCCACCAACCUCGGCAUCCCGUGCAUCAUCGUCAUGCCCAAAAACGCCGCUAUCGUGAAGCGGGCCAAAUGCGAGGUUUACGGCGCUAAGGUCCUACUUCAUGGUGUCAACAUUGGAGAGGCUAAACGUUUUGCUAUGGGCAUGUCUAAGGAAAAGCAUAUGAUGUAUAUUAACGGCUACGAUCACCCGAACAUAGUAGAAGGGCAGGGUACUAUCGGGCUGGAGAUUGUAGAGCAAAUUCCUGAGAUAGAAGCGAUCCUUGUGCCCGUGGGUGGUGGGAGCCUGUGCGCCGGCAUCGCCACCGCUGCCAAACACCUUAAACCUGACGUCGAAAUAUAUGGCAUUUGCACUGACAAAUGUACCACAAUGGUAGAAUCUCUGAAAAAUAACGAAAGAACUACCGUGCCCAUAGAUUCAACUAUCGCCGACGGUCUGGGUGUACCUCUCAUCGGAGUCAAUACAUUCCACAGUUUGAAGGGUCUACUCGAUAAAAUGGUCGUAGUAAAAGAGGAUUGGGUAGCUCGAGCCAUCAUGCACAUCGUAGAAGAAGAGAGGUACGUAGUGGAAGGAGCUGGUGCCGUGGCUGUUGCAUCUGUCAUGGCGGGCCUCUUUCCAAAUCUCAAGGGAAAAAAGGUAUGCUGCAUCUUAUCGGGAGGCAACAUUGACACGUCGAUCCUUGCUCGCGCGCUGGAGCGCGGCAUGGCUGCCGAAGGUCGUCUGGUCAAAAUGAAGGUGACCGUGAGCGACCGACCGGGCGGCUUGGCGGAACUCACACAGAUGCUGAUGACGCUAGGAGUCACCGUGCGAGACUGCGUCCCUGAGCGCGCUUGGGUCAAGGGAGAUGUGUUCAGCGUUGCGAUGAAACUUAUAGUAGAAACAAGAGGGUGGGACCACACGAAAGAGCUGGUAGAAGCUACCAAAAAGAACUACAAGGAAUACUAUUUCCAUGAAAUGAAUGAGGGUGACAAGCCAGCCGGUUCCCGUCGCGGGCCCUGCCUCGCACCACAUCCCGUUUGUAUGCAGAAGUAACCCGAUGGAAAAAACUCAAUCUAAAGCGCUGAAUUUAUACGUCCGGCUCAAAGAGUUCAAAGACACAAUAUUGGGCACUGGCCUUUCUAUUACCGAUCUACGACUACAUAUAGUAUUUGUUCUUAGAUAGAAACUUCUACAUUGAGUCCGUCUUUAUCCUUAUUCUGCCAUACCAUAAUACCUGCAUAUUCCCUAACGCAAAAACACUUGAUUAAUUGCAGUGCUGAUGUUAGCUUAAGAAGCAAAGGUAAUAAGUUAUUUGUUUUACAAGGGGGCAAAGUUGUUGUUUAACUGCACGUGCCAAUAUUGAUACCCGAGCAAGCGAAAGAUUC